UCAUUUCCCGUUUCUUUCUAUCUUGUUCUACCUCAACGAACACCAACUCGCUUGUAAUUCCUUCACUUGGUUUUUGCAACAAAUCCAAAUUUCAUGGCUUUCUGAAGAAUUUCUACUUUUACAUCUUGCCCUCAAAUCCCUUCUCUUUUAAUCAGAAUUAUGAUGACCUCAAUAAACAAGAGAUCUACUUCAAAGAAAAGUAAGGCUUCUAUGAGAAAUGAUGGAAGAGAUAGGUUGAGUGAAUUGCCUGAUGAAAUUCUGGUGCACAUUCUUUCAUUUCUGCCAAUUUUAGAUGCUGUUAGAACCGUAUCGAUUUGCAGAUUCGGUAAUCUUUGGACUUUGAUACCCUCCCUUGUUUUUAAAGAGACUGAAUUUUUCGUACCAAAGUAUUGGCCUGGUGGUGCAAUAGAUAUUGAUGAGCAAAUUCCUCGCUUUACUAGAUUUGUGCGCAAUGUGCUAAUGCUUCACAAAGGGUUACCUGUUAAUAAAUUCUUGCUUGAAAUAGAUCCGAUUGAUGAUCAGGAAAUGGUAGAUCUUGAUGUAUGGAUAAGAUUUGCAAUUGAUAGACAAGUCAAGGAAUUAUAUGUUCAAUUUGGUCCAUCUGGUUAUUCGUAUGAUAUCAAUUUGCCUCGCUCUGUCUUCACAAGUCAGUUUCUUGUUAUCCUCGAACUUAUUGAAGGUAACAUUGAGGGGCUAAGUAGUGUCCAAAUGGGAUCACUUAGAAAAUUAUCACUUAACUGUGUUAAGGUGAGUAAUGAGAUGUUAAAGAAAGUCAUAUUUGGAUGCCCUUCUUUGCAAGAGUUGAUUCUGUAUCAUGCCUAUGACUUGGACGAGGUGCGAUUUACUGCUCCAAACGUUGAAAAGUUACAUAUUGAUUCCGAUCAAAUAAGUGUGCUUGAUUGCCCCAACCUGAAAAUUCUAAACGUUCAUCUUAGUUGUAGAACAGGGUCAUAUCUUCAAGUGGUUAAUAUUCCAUCUGUUCGUGAAGUUCUUAUUAGUUCUAUGCCCCAGUUUGAUAAGUUUCUGAACAAGAUUUGUAAAGCCGAGGUUGUUAAAAUUCAGUAUGAAGCUUUUCAGCAAUCAAACUUCAAGGAGUUAGAUAUUCCGCAAACCAGAUGGAAGUGUUUACAUAUCGAGUCACGGCUUGAUGAAGAUCAGCUCAUAGGUAUUUGCAGGGUCUUGAGAAGUUCACCUUACUUGGAAGAUCUCAUAGUAUUCACAACUUUGUGGGGGAAUUUGCGACGAAAAUCGGAUAAAACACAUGACCACCACAUGCUCUCUUCCCCUUGUGUGAUUCCACAACUCAAAACUGUCACCGUGCCUUGUCAGGGUCUGCUUCGACUAGCAGAAUUUUUGCUUAAAAGUUCUGUCAACUUGGAAAAGCUGGUAAUUUUACCCGGUCCAUGUAAUCUGGUUGAGAAGUUUAAGUUUAUGAAGCAAUUAUGUAGCUUUCCAAGGGCUUCAACAAACGCAAGGGUAAUCUUUGGUUCAGAUAUAUACUAGUGUCAGACUAGCAGCUGCAUCUUUGCUACUCAAUCUUGAUUUUGGCUUAUCAAUGAUGGUGGUUAUUCUACUUGAUUGCUGGUAAUUGAUAAUGGCUUAGCUAAAGUACUUCAUGCUAUGUGUUAAGAUUGUAUUGUGUGCUGAAGGACUUGGCAGUCAGAAGAGUCUUUCUAUGUCGCUGACCAGAGUGAAAUGAUAGUAAAGUUGUUUUAUACCAAGGUUUUCGAAUUCUAGGAUCAAAUGUCUGAGGUGAGUUUCCCUGAUCAUUUCUUUUGCUCUACAUCAGUUUUUCCAUGUUUAUAUAUGUAGAUAGUUAUGCUAUCUGGAAGAUGUAUCUUUAUCUUUUGACCAACAUCAUAUUUUCAAGUAUGUACACAGAUGUGGGUGAUGUAUAAGCUACGGCAUUGGCUUAUAAAUAUAAAUCUUCGUAUUUGCAUUAAAAAAAUGGUUUCCUAAUGCAUACUAUAA